AAGCUACCCUAGCUGUAAAUGGAACUGUAUCUUUACAAAUGCGUGUGCUUUAGUUAUCAAUUUGAGUUUCCAUUAGUGCAUCUUGACCCAGGUAGAGAUAUGAACGUCCCAGGUAGUAGGCUGCCGUGUAGUUCAUUCAGUUCGAGAAGCUUUGUUAAAGAAAUCUCUUGUCAGCAUGCCUGCUAUUUUAUCGUUGUGUCCAAGCUCAGCGAAAAAAGAACUCUCUUUUGCAGGAUAAACCCGUACAAUGAAGCUGCCAAGAAAGGAUUGGAGCGGUUGGAGAAGCAAAUGAAGGGAAUAGACCCGGAUGCACCCGAAGAUGAGGACGAGAACGAAGCUGACGACGAUGGUGACCAAGAUGAUGCCGAGCUGCUGUAAGGACCAUGGGUUCAAAACGACGUCACAUAUCUGAACACCGAAUGUGCAGCGAAUGC